AUGGACCUAGGAGACAGGAUUAUUGCUGCUAGACGGAAGCAAGCGACGCACCAGGAAGCCGGGUCAUCAAGGCCCUCAGCCCGGUCCAGGCCUGAUGCGGCUGACGAGUACUCUCGCGGUCCAUCCCAACCCGCGAGGAGGGCUCUCUAUGACCCCUCCCGUGCGGUUCCACCUCCACGAGUAGCAUCUCCCCUUCAAAUGGAGGCCCCACCACGGUCCCAGCCCCAACCAGCUUCUCCCAGUCGACAUCGCUCAACCCCUGAUGGGCCGUCUAGGCGCGCUGAAUCGCCAUCACGUCCCCCUCGACCCUCUCGAAAGCUGUUCGAUCCGACCGUCCAUGAUCCGCACCAAUUCUCUCGACCGCCAGUAUCCGUCGUCCCGCCUCCCAUAGCCUCGCCGCUGUUGAAUGAGGGUAAUCUGAGCCGCGCGAGAGACCUGCCUCGCUCAGUCGACCCUGCGCUGACUGUGCGGCGCCCUCAUCUUCCUAGAACGGCGGAGGAGGAAGCGGACAAAGAGAGGGAACGGAGGAGGCGGAAAGAAGGGAGUGAGCGGGGCAGCGGGUCUAGUGGGCGGAAGAAGGAAGAUAGCGGGGGAAGAAGUAAGGGGGCGAGGUCGUUGGGGGAUCGCAGUAGCGAGGGGAGCGAGAGCUUUAAGGACAGAGAGAGGGGAAAAGGGAAAGGGGAUACGGGUGUGAAGGCCAUUCUGAAAGACAUUCACGACCGAAUCAAAGCGAUCGAGUUGGAUCUGACGGAGAUGCACCGCAAGAUGGCGGCGGACCCAGAGGCGGGCAUAGCGGUCCUGCUGCAGCAGUCACGGGCGGACCAGGCGAGGGGUCUAUCUCCGAGCGACGAUGCGGCAUUAUGGCUUGAUCUAAUUGGAAAGCACAAGCAACUCGCCGACCUGCACCACGACUUCCUGACUCGCAUCUUCGACCCCCUCGUCCCUCCAUCCCUGCAUCAACUCACCAUCCGGUACAAUAUCCCCUCCCGACUCUGGCAGAACGGCUUUCAUCUCCUCCUUGAGCGUCUUCGACACUCUUGGAUGAUCGGCCAUCCUACCGCCCUCGACCUACUCACUGACUUCGUCUACGACGGCUACAAGUUCUACACGGACUUGCUGGAAGAUGUCGCUCUGGUCGGCUUUCGGACGGCGUGGAUCGAGGCGCUGGGCGAUCUGGCGCGGUACAGGAUGGCGAUUGCGCGUCAGUUGUCCCUGUCCACAGGGUCAAGCAGCGGGAAGGGAAAAGGAAAGGGGAGGAGUCAGGAGCAUGUCGGAGGGGAGGAAGGAGGAGAGUCUUUUCCGGACGGAGCGAGCAUUGGGGCGGAAGUGGCGGAACGGUGGGAUGUGGAGGAUACGGACACCUGGCGCCAAACCGCCGCAGAGUGGUACAGCAUGGGCAUUACCGAAAAACCCGGCGAAGGACGGCUGCAUCACCACCUUGCGCUCCUCGCUCGUGAUAUGCCCGACGGCGAGGGUCGGGCAUUACACCACUUCACCCGGAGCUUGGUGGUCACGCACGAGUUCCCAACCGCUCGAGAGUCGAUUCUCGGCCUGUUCGACUUAUCAGGUCAAAGACGCUUGGAGCGCGGCCGCAGCGGAGAGAAGGACGGCGUGAUGGACCUCUUUAUCCGGCUCCAUGGUAUGCUCUUCACGCGGAUCGAGCUGGAUCGGUUCGACGAGACGCUCGCGGCGUUUCUCAGGGUGCUCGAGGGCGGUGCGGGGCAGGUCGAGUGGAUGAUCAUGGCCUCGGUGGGGAUUGCGGGGAUGAUGCAGUAUGGCGCGAGUGAGGGGGUCCUGCGGAAGGCCUUAGCGCAAGAAGGAGCGGAGAGGCGAAGGGCGCAGACCACUUCGGGCGAAGUGGAGGAGGUCGAGGUGGAUGGGGAGGAAGAAACGUCCGCUCCGACCUCGCCGACCAGACAGGGAGACAACGGGGACGUCAAGGGAACCGAUCCUGAUACUUGGCCUUUACCCCUCACUUGCGCCUUCCGACUCGCUUUUGCCAUAUUCCGGCACACACUCCAUCAUCCCACCAUCGCCCAAGACGUCCACUCCAUCCCUAAUCCCUAUCUCUCCACCUUCCUCACUUUCCUCGCUACGCUCGCUCGCCAACCCGCUUCUGCAGCCAUCAUCACCCCCUGGAUUCCCUGGUCGGACCUCGUCGCCUACGUCAACGCUCAACUCCCCUCGCUCGACCUCAAGCCAGAAACGAAACUUAUCGCUGGUCAGCCCGUCCCCGAAGAUUGGCUCCUGCGCGGAGCAGAAUGGGUCGGUCGGAGGGUGUACGAGCGGGGGUUCUGGAAAGUCAAGCCGUCUUCCGGACGGGGGUCCGGCGGGAUCGUCCAGCCCACGCAGCGCGGUGAGGAGCGAUUCGGGAGUGAGAUGGGCGUGCUCGUUGCGCAUUACGAAGAGGGAGCGGAUCUGAGCCAGGGAGUUGUGGAUGCCCCGGAAGGGGAAGAGGACGUCGAUGGGCCGGUAGAGGUGGGCAAAAGGAGGUGGAGGAGGGUCGGGUGGGCUGUGGGGGUCAUGUGCAGACAUGUCUCCGGGCUGGAGCUGGGCGAUGGAGGAUUGGAGGUGGUCGAGCCGCUGAAGGGCGUGGUAGAGGGAUUAGAGAGGAAGCAGGCGGAAGUGAGUCGAGGCGGCGUGGCGGUCAAGAAGCAGAAUGGGUGGAAAGAGGAGGAGACAAGAGAAGAUACCUGGGGGCCGGAAGAGGAGGACGACCCGGAACUCGCCGUCCUUCGCGAUCGCUUCCGUCAUCUCCAAUCCCUCAUUUCCCCCUCUCCCGACAUCUUCAAAUCCGCUCGCCAACCCAAAACAUCUCGCGCGUCCACCCGCCGCAUCCUACAAGGCUACACCACCCUCAUCUUUGACACCAACGUCCUCCUCUCCUCCCUCACGCUCGUUUCUCGCCUCAUCGAAUCCGGGCGGUGGACAAUCGUCAUCCCCCUGCCGGUCCUCACUGAGCUGGACGGUCUCGCUCGGGAACCCCCUCCUCUCGGACUCGAAGCCGUCUUGGCCAUCUCGUACCUCGAAGCCAAUGUCCGCUCGCGCUCCAUGGUCCUCCGUAUCCAAACGACCAAGGGGUCGUACCUGUCCGACCUGCGCCUUCGGACGGAAGCGUCCCAAAUCACCGAAGCGGACAAGGAUCGCAAAACGAUGGAUGACAAGAUCCUCGAUGUGGCCCGAUGGCAGUUGGACCACUUUACGGAUCGGUCGUUGAUGCUCGGUGGGAAGGGACUGGGUGGCGUGGAAGAGGCGGAAGUGAGCAAGGCGGUGUUGGUUACGUUUGAUAGGAAUUUGAGGUUGAGGGCGAGGGCGAGAGGAGUGGAUGCGGUAGAUGAGCGGGAGAUGGCGGAUAUCCUGGGCAAAUGA